AUUAAUAUUCACAACUUAAACUCGCUCACACUCAGCAAACCUUCUGCUGCGCUGCUCUGUAAUUACUUUCCUGAAAAGUGCAUCCGCUCAGCUGGGGCAAUCGGCAGUCAUAUUUGACUAGCCUAAACUCACGUGUCUGCUGUCUUUUUAAGUUGUGCAAAGCAUCUUUUCUUGAAUAAGAGGAACCACAUCGGAAACCGGGAGAUUUCUGAUCAUUUCUUUAGUGCGAAAGGACGUGAAAUAAAAAACAAUGGCUCAGUUCAACAAGGGCCCUGCAUAUGGUUUAUCUGCUGAAGUGAGAAGUAAGAUUGCUCAGAAGUACGACCUGCAGAAGGAGGACGAGCUGAGGCACUGGAUUGAGGAUGUAACGGGCAUGCCAAACGUAGAAAACUUCCAGAUGGGAUUGAAGGAUGGCGUCAUACUGUGCGAGCUCAUUAAUAAACUUCAGCCUGGAUCCAUUAAGAAAAUCAACCACUCCAAACUUAACUGGCACAAGCUUGAGAACCUGGGCAACUUCAUCAAAGCCAUUCUUGCUUAUGGCCUGAAGCCUAACGACAUCUUUGAGGCCAAUGAUCUGUUUGAGAAUGGGAACAUGACUCAAGUCCAGACCACACUUCUUGCUCUGGCCAGCAUGGCAAAAACCAAAGGUAUGGACACAAACGUUGACAUUGGUGUAAAGUACGCAGACAAGCACUCCCGCAACUUUGAUGACGAGAAAAUGAAGGCUGGUCAGUGUGUGAUUGGACUGCAGAUGGGGACAAAUAAAUGUGCUAGUCAGGCUGGGAUGACUGCUUAUGGCACCAGGAGACAUCUGUAUGACCCAAAGACUCAAGCAGACAAGCCCUUUGACCAAACCACAAUCAGCCUGCAGAUGGGCACUAAUAAAGGAGCAAGCCAGGCUGGCAUGUUGGCCCCGGGCACCAGAAGGGAUAUUUUUGACCAGAAAGUGGCUGUCCAGCCGCUGGACAACUCCACCAUCUCGCUGCAGAUGGGCACCAACAAGGUGGCCUCUCAGAAGGGCAUGAGCGUGUACGGGCUGGGCAGACAGAUAUACGACCCCAAAUACUGCUCCUCCCCCACCGAGCCCACCAUCCACGGCAAUGGCAGCCAGGGCACCGGCACCAACGGCUCUGAGAUCAGCGACAGCGACUACCAGGCUGAAUACCAAGGAGAAUAUCAGGAUGAGUACCAGGCAGACUACCACGAUGAAUACAGAGCCCACUAUGACCAUGGCACUGACUAUUAAACUGCAAGCUUACAGCACAGAUGAAUAUUUUUGGAUCCUCACAUAAACGGAGCGAGUUGUUUUUUCUCUCGCUAGCCUUUUUUAUAUGACAAGAAACCGAUGUUAAGAGGAGCGUUUCCUAUAUCACUGUUCCUCUGAUAAUACAGUAUUUUAUUAGCUGGAUAGACAAUAGACUAUAGUCUUGACUUUUAAAAAGGGCCAAACUUUUAAAACAUGAGAUGGGUUAGAGAAGCAGUGUAAGUCAAAGUCAUUCAUGGCAUAUUAACUACAAUCUCUGAUUAUUUUUUUUUUAUUAUUUUUUUUUAAGUAUAUUUUUUUACUUCCAGCCUUUUAAAUCAUUUGACCAAACAGUUUGCUAAAUUGUGCCAUGGGCCCUUGUAUACGUUUAGACCAACUCGUAUCUUUUUGAUCACUCCCCCUCUUCCCAAUUGUCUUGUAUUUAUUGCCAGUAAUAAUCAAUAGAGACCUCAGUCCUGUUGAAUGGCCCUUAUUUUUUAAUGAAUAAAGUUUUUAAUUUUCCA